AUGAAGACAUCUACCCACCAGAAAUGCGUCUCUGCAGGCAGAGUCACCUCGCGCUUACUGCUCUCUUUCCUGUUGUUGUCGGCUCCCAUCACCGCUAAGCGGCUCGAUACAUCACGUCAACAACAGCAUCAACAGCAACCCGUGGCCAUCCUGCCGCCUCAUCCUACUAUUCCCCAGCCAGAUUCCCCAGAGAGUCACGAGCAUGUAUUCACAUUACGGCAUGUAUUCCACCACGGCAACCUCGACCGGCCAGCGGAACAUAUGCGGUUGGAUAUACCCCAGACGGCGUCCUCGGUGUGGAUAGAGAGCGAGGAGGGACCCCUCGAAGAAGUAACUCGACCAUUAGUAGUGAAAAGUAAUGCGAUGGGCAUACAGCGGUUAAAGGACCGCCGACCAUCGACCGUAGACCCGAUGGUUGCGGGUGCACGAGAAUGGGGACAAUAUUGGUCCACAUCCGCAGAUGCCUGGACAUUUGAUAACGUAGCGGGGCCAAAUGUGACAGACAAAGAGACGAUUCUUACUUUUGCUCAAAUGGCCGCGAAUGCCUAUGUCGAUGUGCCAGACACAGGAGACUGGAAAGACGUGAAUGGAGGAUUCAAUAGAACGGACGACAAGGGCUUUGGAUGGGAUGGGACAGGACUUCGAGGGUAUCUUUAUGGAGACGAGACUAAUUCGGUCAUUGUGAUCGGCCUAAAAGGCACCACGCUUGCUAUAUGGGAUGGGGACGGAACCACGACGAACGACAAGGAGAAUGAUAACCUCUUUUUCAGCUGUUGCUGUGGCCAGCAAGGAAGCGCGUUCUAUCGACAAGUUUGCGAUUGCGCAGUCGGGACAUACACCUGCAAUUUGACGUGUUUGAGGAGAAGUUUGAGGAAGGAAAACCGGUACUAUGCUGCGGCUCGCCAUCUCUACAAUAACGUGACAGCACUCUACCCCGAUGCAGAAGUUUGGAUGUCGGGUCACUCCCUGGGCGGUGCCGUCAGCGCCAUGAUUGGGCUUACCUACGGCAUACCGGUCCUUACCUUCGAGGCCGUUCCCGAUGCUCUUCCUGCGAACCGGCUUGGACUUCCAGUACCGCCAGGAGUGGACCCAGAUAGACCAGGUCAACGAGACUUCACGGGUGCAUACCAUUUUGGACACAGUGCAGAUCCAAUUUAUGUAGGUACUUGCAACGGCGCUACUGCAAGUUGUUCUUACGCCGGAUACGCCCUGGAAAGCGCCUGUCACUCCGGUAGAGAAUGCAUGUACGACGUUGUCAAAGAUAAUGGAACACGAGUCUCCAUCUUGACACACAAAAUCAACUGGGUGAUCCCAAAUGUCAUAAAGCAAUACGACAAGGUACCGGAAUGUGUUUUCACGCCGGAAUGUUAUGACUGCCCAUUAUGGAAAGAAGUUACUGGCAACAGUAGCUUAACUACAUCUUCGUCAUCCAGCACAACGAGGACGAACACCCGAACAGCGACUUGCAAGACUCCUGGAUGGUGGGGUUGCCUGGAUGAGACGACAACCACAUCCGGUACCGUUACAACAACUAGCAGUACCACCACCACCACCUCGACGUGUAAAACUCCCGGAUGGUUUGGCUGUAACGAUGAGACAACAACGACUACUAUGAGUAAAUCCAGCAAAACGCCUACUGUCACAUCGACUAGCAGCACUACGGCCAGCACUUCGACCACGACCUGCGAGACGCCCGGCUGGUGGGGCUGUAACGACCCAACACGCUCAACCACGACGACAAGCGCGAAGACACAUUCUCUUACCUCAAGCUGUAGGGAUCCAGGAAUAUUCUGGGGUUGCUAUGACAGUCCCACCUCCACACAUACACGCUCACAUCCAAUCACGAGCCCACCACCAAUGCCAACAUCGACUCACUCAACUCCCACAGCAAGCCCGACGACUAGUCACAGUUGCACUUCUCCAGCCUGGUUCGGAUUGGUUUGCCUGGAUCCUUCGCCAGUUCCUACUCAUAAACCUAAGCCAAAAAAGCCCUCUCACGGUCCGCAUUGCAUUAGUCGGGGCUGGUUAGGCUUCUGUCGAGAAUGGGCGAACACUAGUCGUGCUGCCAGACUGGAAAUUUAG